GGAAGUGUGUGCGCGCGCACAUGGACGCGUCUUGUGAGGACUUGUCGGAGGGUCGCUGGGCGCGUUAAGGACUGAGAAGAUAGGAGACAUGUUUUGUUUGAAAAGUCAACCUAAACGGACGCCGGCUGAAGAAGCGGCGUGGGCGAAGCGUGCGAGGAAAGUUGCGCAAGCGAACGGAAAACGUCUCGGUUUAGAGAAUGAUGGGGAUCUGAACUUCCUGUUGAUCGGCGGGUUCCUGACCAAAGUGAGGUCGCGGUCCUGGCAGAAGACUCGCUUGUACCGCCUGCAGGAGGACUGCAAGACCGUCUGGCACGAGUCCGAAAAGGUCGUCAACCGUAAACAGACCUUCUCCAUCGACGAGGUGGAGUCGGUGCGUCACGGCCGCCGGUCAGAAGGUCUCAGCAAGCACACCGACCCCGCCGAGGAGGCUCGCUGCUUCUCCAUCGUCUUCAGGGGCAGGAAGAAGGUUCUGGACCUGAUGGCCAGCGACCCCCAGGAGGCGGAGCAGUGGGUCAAAGGUCUCAACAAGGUCAUCAGCAACGUGCGCGGCCUGAGCCGGCAGCAGAAGAGCGAGCACUGGAUCAUCAGCUGCAUGCGCAAAGCCGACAAGAACGAGGACAACAAAAUGAACCUGAAGGAGCUGAAGCGCUUCCUGGGCCACAUCAACAUCGAAGUGGACAACGCCUACGCCGAGGAACUCUUCAAGAAAUGCGACCAUUCCAACUCGGGCUCCUUGGAGGACGAUGAGAUCCGCCACUUCUACGAGCUGCUGACCCAGCGGGAGGAGAUCGACGUCAUCUACGGCAAGUACGCCGGGACGGACGGGCAGAUGAGCGUCAAAGACCUGCUCAACUUCCUGCUGAACGAGGAGCGGGAGGCGGCCACCACGGUGGGCGCGCUGAGGCUCAUCGACAAAUACGAGGUGGACGAAACAGCCAAGCAGAGGAAGCACAUGAGCAAAGAUGGCUUCCUGAUGUACCUGCAGCAUGACGACUGCUCCAUCUUUAACCCCGCCCACAAGAAGGUGUACCAGGACAUGACGCAGCCGCUGCACCACUACUACAUCUCCUCCUCCCACAACACCUACUUGACCAAGGACCAGCUCAAAGGACCCAGCAGCACUGAGGCCUACAUCAGAGCUCUGAUGAAGAGUUGCCGCUGUGUGGAGUUGGACUGCUGGGACGGCGCCAACGGAGAGCCCGUCGUCUUUCACGGCUACACGCUCACCUCCAAAAUCUUUUUCAGAGACGUCAUCAAAGCCAUCAAAGACUACGCCUUCAAGACCUCGGAGUAUCCUGUCAUUCUGUCUUUGGAGAACCACUGCAGUCUGCCCCAGCAGAGACUCAUGGCCCAUCACAUGAUCUCCAUUUUGGGGGACGCCUUGGUCACCAAGCCCAUCGGGAGCAACUGGCCCACCACCUUCCCUUCACCUGAGGAGCUGAAGGGCAAGAUCCUGGUGAAAGGAAAGCGCCUCAACAACCCGGCCAUGGAGGAGGACACGGUGUCUGAGGAGGACGAGGCUGCGGAGGUGGAGGGCGAACAGGAAGUCAAACAAAAGAAAUCCAAGAUCAAACUGGCCAAGGAACUUUCCGACAUGGUGGUCUACUGCAAGAGCGUCCACUUCAAUGGCUUCGAACACGCCAGAGACAACCUGAACUUCUACGAGAUGUCUUCCUUCAAGGAGAGCAAAGCCUUCAACCUGGCUAACAACUCAGCCUCCGCCUUCAUCCAUCACAACAUGGACAAGCUGAGCAGGAUCUACCCUGCAGGCUCCAGGACCGACUCCUCCAACUACAACCCGGUGGCCAUGUGGAACGCUGGCUGUCAAAUAGUGGCCCUCAACUUCCAGACCCCCAAGAAGGAGAUGCACAUCAACCAGGGCCGCUUCUUACCCAACGGGGCGUGCGGGUACAUCCUCAAAGAGGACUUCCUGAGGGACCCGUCCUCCGACUUUGACCCCAGCGUGCUCUCCAGGGGGCCGUGGCUGAGACCCAAGAUGCUGAAUGUCAUGGUGAUCUCAGCUCAGCAGCUACCGAAACUCAACGAGGAGAAGCAGAAGUCCAUCGUGGACCCCCUGGUGAGAGUGGAGGUCUACGGCGUGCCGGCGGACAACGCCAGCAAGCAGACGCACUACAUCGAGAACAACGGGUUCAACCCCGUGUGGAACGAGCGGUUCGAGUUCAGCGUCCUGGUUCCUGAUCUGGCCCUGGUGAGGUUCGUGGUGGAGGACCACGACACCACGUCACAGAACGAUCUGGUGGGACAUUACUGCCUCCCACUCACAAGUCUGCAGAACGGUUAUCGCCACGUUCCGCUUCUCAACAAGAACGGUGACGUCAUCGCCGCGUCCGGGCUCUUCGUGCACGUCAUGCUCUUGGACGCCGAGUCGUGAAAAAAAGGUGCAAGUGAACACGUUUGUCACUUGUGUUACGAAACAAUGGCUGUUGCCAUGCAAACGAUAACGAAACCAAAAUGAACAAACGAGGAGUUGUUGUGUGGGCUGGAAAGGAAGACGACGAAGAAAUGAUUUAAUUUAUGCUGACUUUUUAAUAACUUUUUAUUAUUUCAACUGGCCAUGAAAGCAAAUAUUAAAUAUCAGAAGAACAACACAAAGAACAACAUUUUUUUUUCAUUAUAUUCUGUCAUUCAUAAUUAUUCAUAAUAACUUUAUUUUAACGCACAAUUUGACCGUCUCAAAUAAAAACAUGCCAACAAGUGCGUUUUGAGUGCUUAUUUGAUGAAAUAUUAGGUCACUACAUGAGUGGGAGUGCUCCAAUGCUGAAGUUGAACUGAAAUACUGACAGAAAGUAGUAUGAAUGUAAGAAUAGUUUGAAUUUCCAGGAAAAUCGGGAAAUUGGUUUGGAACUUGGGAAAGUGUUAGUUGGACGAGUGGAAUGUGUUGAAGGUGGAAUGGUGUGAAUAGCUUGAAAAAUGUGGGAAUUGUGGAAGUUUGAAAAACGGAUAAAUCAUUUUGAAUGGGAAAAUGUCCCUGAAAACUGGAAAUUCUUGGAAAUGCGGGAAUUUUUUUUAAACUGUUGAAGGAGGGCUGAAUAUUUUGGAGUUGGAACGGUUUGAAUCAGAUUUAAAAAAAUGUGGGAGUUGUGGAACUUUGAAAAAUGUCCCAUUCUUUUCAAUGGGAAUUUCAUGGAAAUUUGGGGAUCUCGGGAAAAGCGGGAAUUUUUUGGAAAAUUGGAAAAGACUUGAACGUUCUGAAUGAGUCGAAAUGGUUGGUGUUGGAAUUUUUCAAAUUGGUCGAGAAAUUUUGAAGUAGUGACAUUUUUAAUUGAGAAGUGGUAAUAAAGAAUUCCAGGAAUUUCGGGAAAACCGGGAAUUUUUCCAGUUCAAAAAACAACUUUGCUUUUUGUCCUGAUUAAGAAGAAUGUUUUGACGGUGGAACGAUUCAAGUGGGUUGAAAAAUGUGGAAGGAGUCGUCACCAGAAAAAAGGGUGGAAAUAGGGCUUUGGAAAACCAGGAAUUCUGGAAAAUCCUGGAAUUUUUUUGAACUUGAAAAAACAAUAGUUUGAAUUUCCAGGAUGGGUGCAAUAUGUUGAAGGUGGAAUGGUUUGAACAGGUUGAAAAAUGUGGAAAUGGUGGAAGUUUGAAAAAUGUCAAAAUCAUUUUGAAUGGGAAAAAUGUCCCUGAAAACUGGAAAUGAUUGGAAAUCCGGGAAUUUUUUUUUUAAAUCGUUGAACGAGGGCACACAAUUUUGAACAGUCUGAACAUUUUGGAGUAGGAACGGUUUGAAUCCGAUAAAAAAAUGUGGGAGUUGUGGACUUUGAAAAAUGUCCCAUUCUUUUCAAUGGGAAUUUCAUGGAAAUUUGGGAAUCUCGGGAAAAGCGGGACUUUUUUGG